CGGUAUCAGUAGUUUUAGCGUUUCGUCACCGACACCGAAGACGAUAAUAACUGGUCGCAUUACAUGAUGUACUCGUAAUUCUGAUAUUCUCUUUGGAACUAUGUUAUUUGUGUUGCUAUAUAAAUGUUAUACUUUGUGGAAUUGUUCUUCUUGUUAAGAUCACACUUCGUCGCAUCAUGAGGUCUUUCGUAAUGACCUUAAAAUUGUUGCGUUUAUGCGUCACACGUAUCUGUACAGGGUGGACAUGUUGUUGCACAUCUGUGUUUUGCAGUUUUCCAUCGAAAAAAAAGCCAGUAUGGACGCGAGACGCAUAGCACUACUGCUGCUUCUGUCUUGUGAUCAUAUUAUUCUUAACGAAACUUGCCCUUCCAAACCGAGUACUGGGCGUAUGAACAUUGUAGCACAAGCAGAAAUUCUCCUUAAAGAGCUGGAAAAAUGCGGAAACGUUACUGUGCUGCGCGCAUUCGUGUCUGCCGUAAGAAACCGUACGCGUCACAGGAUCAAACUACCGCAGUUAACUCCGGUAGCGGCCGACCCCCAUGCUUCUGUCCAGCGGCCAUUUAUCGGCGAUACCAGCAGCCUGCCCUGUGUGCUGGGCAUGUCCGCGGAUACCGACUACGUGUGGAAACACAACGACCACUUGGUGGAUCCCAAGCAGAGCGCGACCUCCAUCGGUCCACUGCACUACUCUCACGCCCGCAGCAGUGACCUCGUAUUCCUCCUCCUUCGCAAUAUCUCCUACGCAGCUACGGGCCGGAUCGAGUGUCUGCAGCGCUGUGGCGAUGCGUGGUGCUUGCAGAAAGAGUACCUCUUGCUACCGCAGCCCCGAGCGGUCGGCGAGGUCUUCCGGCAGCCCCUGCCGUCCCUUACCGUGCCCCGCUUCACGCCCGUGACCUUUACAUGCUCCCUGCAGUUUGCCUGUAGUGCCGAGCCACAGCAGCAUUUUACUUGGAUGUAUGCCGGUACACUGAUGAGUGAAGCGAUGCCGCAGGACCAUUAUCUGCGCAGUAUCACCGGCUGCCAAAUGAAUGAAGAGCGCACGCUUGCGGCUAACAGCAGUGCCAUCAACGUCCAGCCAGCCGGCACCGGUAGCCGCUACUGCCAGUCUGAUCUCACUCUGACGGUCCACCGGGGCGCACAGCAUGCAGGCGGUCGCGUGGAGUGCUGGGCGAGGGCUGACCCCACCAGCCAGGACUGGUUCUCCCAAGAUGCCACACUUUCUUUCGUUUAAGUUUUACGUGUAUAAUAUUGUACCGGCAUUCGUAACAGUAACUGUCUUAGUAUGGUACACGCCUUAUCAGUUUAUCAUGUCCACUAUUCUGCAUACAGUAUAUAUAUAUAUAUAUAUAUAUAUAUAUAUAUAUAUAUAU